AUGCCGAAUUAUGCAAAAUUUAUGAAAGACCUUCUUUCAAAGAAGCGCAAGUUGAAGGAGUGUGAAACAGUGACCCUGACGGAGGAAUGCAGUGCUAUCAUCCAGAAGAAACUUCCUCCCAAGCUGAAAGAUCCAGGCAGUUUCAGUAUUCCUAUAGCCAUAGGAAAUAUUGAAGUAGGAAAGGCAUUAUGUGAUCUGGGAGCGAAUUUUGUAAUUUUGAAUAUGGAAGAAGAUGCGGAGAUUCCCCUACUGCUCGGGAGGCCAUUCCUAGCCACCGCAAGAGCUAUGAUUGAUGCAGAUCAAGGAAAACUGAUGCUUAAGAUGAAUGAAGAGACGGUCACCAUUCACGUUUUCGAAUCAAUGAAACAUCCGUCAGAUGGAGGAAACUGUUUUAUGGUUGAUAUUAUAUAA